AUGAUUCAUCAGCAACAGGAGGCACAUCAGAAACUUGUUGAAGAGAUAGCUCGACUCAAAGAAAGACAAUCGGAGAUGACGGAAGACAACAGCCGCACUGGCGGUCAUAACGACGGCCACCACAAUGGCCACAAUAGCGGCCGAAACAAUGGUCGCCGUGAGGACAAUGGUCGCCCUCCGCGAUCACCUGAACUGCUACCUUUCACUGAAGAAGUUAUGCAAGCCAUAAUGCCCGAUCGACCACCCCCUCAAAUUGAAAAAUUUGACAGGACAACGGAUCCCGAACACCAUCUCCGAAAUUUCGUCGACUCCAUGGCUUUCUACUCCAACAGCAAUCCAGUCAAAUGCAGGGCCUUCUCCCUGUCUCUCAAAGACGAAGCCUUAGAAUGGUACUAUACUCUUCCUCCGAAUUCUGUUGACAGUUUUUAUACUGUCACCACUCUCUUCAAAAGACAAUUCUCGGCCAACCGGAGGGAAAGGGUGUCCACUGCCGAACUCGUCAAUCUCAAACAAGGGAGAGACGAACCGCUAAGGACAUUCAUGCGCAGAUACUCUAAAGCAGCCAGAAGGGUGAAGGGUGUCUCCCAUGAGUUCAUUAUCAACAACCUCCCCAACUGCCUCAAACCGGGGCGAUCGGGUGACAGGGGUCGUAAUCAAAGGCCCCCUCGAAGAGAACUUCCAGCUCCGCUCGAUCCUCGCUACGACCACUAUGCACACCUUACUGCUCUGAGGGAAAAGGUCUUCGACAAAGCCCUCCAAACCAACCUAAUCACCAUUCACAAAAGACGCACGCCUAGAGAUGCGGACGGAUCUAAAAUAUGUCGGUUUCAUGAUAACCGAGGACAUUCCAUAGAAGGCUGCCAAGGCCUUAAAGACGAAAUCGAGAGGUUAAUCCGUGCGCGGUAUCUGCGGGAAUUUGUUAAAGCAGAGACAGGCCAACGGGGACUUUCCCCCAGAAAAAUUAGGAGAAGCCCCAAGCCUUCGCGCCGAAAACCCGAACGCCCCCGAGAGCGUUCGAGAAGCCGAUCUAGAAAGCGAGAUACGACCCCAAAGGGUCGCAUUAACACCAUCUCAGGAGGCUUUGCUGGGGGAGGAGCCUCAUCCUCAGCCCGCAAGAGACACUUGCGGAACUUGCGUAGCGUCCACACGAUAGCUCGAAACCCUUUGUCAAUGUCGGACAUCACUUUCAUCGACAAGGAUUUUCACGCCCCGGACCCGGAACAGGAUGAUCCUAUGGUCAUUACUGCCCGAAUUGCACAGUAUGAUGUGAGCAAGGUUCUGAUUGACCAAGGAAGUUCGGUCAACAUUUUAUACUGGACAACAUUCCAGAAGAUGGCCCUGACAGAAGAUGCCAUAACACCCUUUCACGAACAGAUUGUUGGUUUCGCAGGAGAACGCGUUGACACCUGGGGAUACCUCGACUUGAGAACCCGCCUGGGUACCGGUGACCAAUCCAAAGAAAUCCGUCUGCGCUUCUUAUUAGUAGAAGCCAAUACUUCAUAUAAUGCUCUUCUUGGGCGUCCAUGCCUGAACGCCUUCGGAGCGAUUGUGUCAACUCCUCAUUUGGCGAUGAAGUUCCCGUCCGGAAGCGGCGAAAUAUGCACCGUUCGAGCAUAUCAGAAAACCGCUCGACAAUGUUACAUCGCUUCCUUAAAAGCCACGACUUACAGAAAGGAGAGAAGGCCUGAAGCUAUAUUGGUCGACCUAGACCCGAGGACCAACACAGACGACCAGAUUCAACCCUAG